GUUCUGUCUGUUCACUCAUAUCUUUAGUGUUAUUUUUAAAUUACAAGUGUUCGUAAAUAAUUGUGGUGCUAUAGACGGUUCCAGAACAUGAUAGUUCUUGCAUAAGUUUCAACACACACAAGCCUAGUGAAGGUAGAUAUUUCCACCAUUCACCUACUGGACUAUCAGAAUAUCACCACAGGUAGCACACAGCCAAAGAACUUUCUACGUACUCUACUAUGACUGGACUAUGAUACCGGACAUCGCUGGUGGCGCUGUAGAACAACCACGUCCACGUGCAAAUGUUAGGUUAGUAUUGUUUUUGAACUCUUCAAAAUGUCAGAUACUGAAGUAGAAAAAACUGAAAAUAAUAAAUAUAUUACUAAAAGAAAGCUGGGAAAAAGUAUUUUGGAUCACUUUUCUAAUUUAACGAAGGCAGAAGAAAAUGUACGGGUUAGAGGUGCAAGCAAUUUGUUAAAACACUUAACAAAUGUUACAAACUCUGAGAAGGACAAAGAAGUGAAAUAUGCAUUAGGGCGUCUAAUCAGGGGUCUAGGAGCAUCAACAUCUAAUGCCAGGACAGGUUUUUAUACAGCUCUAUCAUGUCUUCUCAAUUUGGAUGAAUCUAUAACAACUGAUGAUAUCUUUGAGCUUGUAACUAAACAUUUACGUGCUACAGGAAGCUCUACAAAAAGUGAAAAUGCGGAUGUAGCAACUGGCCAGAUUUUAGCAUGUGGAGCAAUUAUCAGAUCAUCUUUGUGGUCUAGAUGUGCAGAGGAACAGAAGAAAAAAGUUGUUGAGCUUAUUUUGAAAGAAUGCAAAGAGAGAAAUUAUUUGGCCUUCAUUGCUUACACAUUUAUUUUGAAUGGUUUAGGAAAGGUAAAAGGAAAGGAAUUGAAAAAGUUAAUUCCCCCUAUUGAAGCUGAAGUUACAAGACCUUUGUCUGAAUAUAACUUGGAUCUCUUGUUUUUACUUUAUGGAAUAAAGGAAAUCAAGCCCAAUGGUAUAAGUAAAUGGAUCAAUUCUGGAGAAAUUGUAUGUGUAGAAAAUGCUGAAUGUCUCAGUAACAUUUUGAUGAGAAUUCAAAGGAUAAACCUGUUGAAACAUCCUGUUUAUGAACAAGUAAGCAAAGACAUUGCUGUCUCAAGUUCUUUGCCAGAUAUUGUAAAUGCUCUGGAUAAUCUAAUUCAACAGCCAAACAGGAAUAGGCAGAUGAUUAUUAACACUAUUUACAAUUUUAUCCUAAAGAACAUAACAGACCAUUCAAUCAUACCUGACCUAUUGACAAAAAAUUUCAUUCAGCACAAUUUGGAAUACCUAAAAAGUCUUCAACGUCCAAAUGAAGACCCUGAAUUCAAGCAAAAAUUUGACAGUUUUCUGACCGAACUGCUUGAAGCAAUGAAACAUGAAGAAGUGACUGACAAAAUUAAAAUUACUGUACUGAAAAAGCUCAUUGUCUCACCUGGUACAUUGAACUUUGAAAAAAUAACUAGCAGCAAGGUUGUGCAACAGAUUGCCCUAACUUUAACUAGCAAAGGUGUCAGAAAACUGGCUGUUGUAUACAGAACUGUCAUAAAUGCUCACGGUAAGGAUGAAAGUGGAGACAAAGAAAAAAAUUGGUUGAAUAAUGACCGGCUGUAUGCUACUCACAUGUUGGUAAAACUUUUGAACAGUCCAAGUGUGAAAGAAGAAAAUGAGUUCAAGAUUGAGCAACUCACUUAUCUGAUGGAGUUGGCUUUACUGAAAGAUAAUAGCUGUGAUGUUCAUUUGGGGUAUGAGCUAACAGCUGCUAUCAAGAAAGCGUUCUUUGGAUCAUUGGACAUGAAACUAACCAAGUUAGAGGACCUCCAGUUCAUCCUUUCCAGUCUUGUGAAGCACUUACACACAAAAAUGGCUGCUAGUGGUGCAACACUCAAUAACCAACUAACAGAAGAAGUUCGUGAAGUAUGGGACAAAACUAUUUACAUUAUUGACAAGAUCGAGAAAAAGACUCACAAGAAUAAACUGAAGAACGUGUUUUUGACAUUGUUCCUUCAUCUGGGAUUGCAAUUAUUCAACGAGACCAAACUAGCUAUAGAUUCUUUGCAAGAGCUCUUCGUAUGUUAUGAAAAAGUGAAGACGUCUAGAAAACAGACAUCACAUGAAGAAGAUGACCUACCAUGGAUAGAAGUGGUUAUAGACCUCUUUUUAAAUCUAUUAUCUCAUAAUUCUCAUUUGCUGAGGCGUCUUAUCAAGUCGGUUUUUCCAUAUCUGUGCGAAUAUAUGACGAAUAUCACAACACAACAGAUUUUGUCAGUACUGGAUCCCAAGAAUAAAGACAAUAUUCUUUCCAAAUAUAAUAAUGAAAGUAGUGAUGAAGAUAGUGAUAAAGAAGAUGAGGAUAGUAAUAAGGAAGAUGAGGAGAAUGAAGAGGAGAGUGGGGUAAGCGACUCAGAAGUGGAAGAAGAUGAAGAUAUAGACGAAAGUAACACUGAUAAGCUGAGAUUGGCUCUUCAAGAGAUUUUACGCGGCAAAGGCACAGACACAGACGAAGAAAGUAUAGACCUGGACGAAAUGUCUGAAACUGAAGCCGAAAAGCUAGAUGCGGCGCUAGCAAGCGCAUUUAAAAAAUUCAAACCAAAUCAUGGUAAUCUAAAAAAACAAACUAAAGAACAAGAAAUGCUCACCCAUUUCCGAAUACGAGUAUUAGACUUGAUUGAAAUAUAUCUCAAUUCAAAUCCUUCAUUGCUACUGACGUUAGAGAUCAUGUUGCCACUGCUACAAGCAUUUGAGUUCAGCGUUAAGGAAGAGCACCAGAAACCUUUACAGGCUAGACUCAAGCCAUGUUUGAAACAAUUGUCAAAGUUAAAGAAGUUUAGCUCUGUAGAAGGCGUUGACGAUAACACUUUGAGCGAGCUGUUAAAAAGUCUUAUGGAUAAAGGUACGAAGAACGCAUGGAUAGUUCAAGAUAUGGCUGUGCAGUUAGCAGACUGUACAAUUUUUACAAUACGUUGCGCCGAUUUGCUGUUAAAGAAAAGUGUCAAAAAGUGCAUAUGUGCUGUGAUAUCUGAGGAAAUGAACAAGUAUUUCCAUCAGAGAGAUUGCGCAACUCACUUUGUGUUAUUUAAGAAUCUAGUUCAGACAAAUUGGGAUGGGCUAUUGAAGCUAGUACCUCAACUUUUCAAAUUUUUAUUUGAAGAAGACUUGAAGCCAUUUAAAAAGAAGCAAGUUUUGGAACUGCUAAGACUCUUCUACCAAAAUCAAAGAUACUUAAGCUCUAAUGCAGAAGUUAUAAAGCAGAAAUUGAACGAUGAACAUUUGAAAUUUUUUGAAAAUGUCAAAAGUCAUUUCCGAGAAUUGGUAGAAAAAGAAGGAAAUGAUAAUUUGAAAGAUAUAUACCUUGUUGGUAUAUUUAAUUUAUUGUCUGCAGUUAAAAUGUCAUGCCUGAAAAUAGAAAAUCUUGACUGGAAAGGACUAGCUGAGGUGAUUAGAGAAUACAGAAGCUAUAAAAAUCUCUCAAAUGAUGCAAGGACAGCUUUUAACAAACUAUGCAAUCAUUGUGGCGUUUCUAAUAAAAUAGAAAUGAAAGUGACAGGUCAAUCAAAAAAUAAAAAGGAAGAAACUUCAGAAGCCACCCAAAAGAAUAAAACAAAGAAAAGAAAGAAUACAGAACUGAUGAAGCAGAGAAAGGAAGCUAAGAAGCUUAGAUUGGCGAGUUUGUCAUCAGGGUUGGGAGAAGUUCAUUUUCCUAACGAACUGGUGGAUGUUGAGUUAGAAAGUGAUGAAGAACAGUCUAAAGAAGCAGAUGCUGUCAAAAAUAAAAAAAGAAAUUUAGUGAAUGGAGAUGUUACUUCAGAAGAUACAAUAGAUGAGGUUGAAAGUGAUAAGAAAGUUAAGAAGUCUAAAAAAAAAUCCAAGGUGAAUGGUGGUGUAUGAUUCUUGUAAUAAAGUAUUUUAUAUUUCAGA